AUGGCCCGUGCAGUCAACAUAUCGCCAUUUUCUUCAUAUACCAUCUUGCCGCUAACAUCGUCGUGGUCCACAGAUGAGCAACAUAGUUCAUCUACAAUGCCGCCACAAUCAUUUGGCGGCAGUUCCGCCAAAAUGCUGCUAGCAGCUCUUAUUCUUGUUAUGAUCAUUGUCACAACCGUUGGUAAUGCGCUCGUGUGCCUCGCCGUGCUUCUUGUCAGAAAGUUGAAGCAUCCGCAAAAUUUCCUUCUCGUCUCAUUGGCUGUCGCCGAUUUUUUUGUCGGAUUGGUUGUGAUGCCGCUCGCAUUAAUCGAUUUAAUGUUCGAUAGAUGGCCAUUAGGGCGAUUCAUGUGCACGUUCUACACAACCGCCGACCUUACUCUUUGUACCGCUUCGAUUGUUAACCUCUGUGCAAUCUCAGUAGAUCGCUACCUGGUGAUAUCAAGACCAUUACGCUACUCGGCUCAGCGCACAUCUAAGAGAAUUCUAAGCUACAUUUUCACUGUAUGGAUCAUUGCUACAAUCGUUGCAUUUUCGUCACAUAUUAUCGCAAAUUUGCUUGAUGAUGGCGAUUCUGAUUCUACUGGAACAUGUCAGGUCAUUCAACAUUUUGGCUAUCAAAUCUACGCGACCAUUAUUUCGUUUUAUGGCCCAACAUUCAUAAUGGUGAUUUUGAACGUAAAAAUUUGGCGCGCCGCGAAACGCCUCGCUGCCCAAGAUCGUCUCAUGUCCCAUUGUAAUUCGAUUGACGUGACGGACAAGCAUCGAAAUGGCUCGUCACAGGAAAACACGGAUUUGCUGAAUGAAAAGGAAGUGAAUGGGAAUACCAAAAGUGAAAGGACCAAUUCAACCAAUUCGAGAAUAUUCAAACUCGAACGGAAGUAUCUGCACCGCCCGAGUGCAUUUUUCACUGCCGUGAAAGGCCCAUUGAUUCGGCACAAUGAGAAAAGCGAGUGUAAAGCCCGAAAAACACUUGGAGUAAUAAUGUCAGUGUUUAUUAUCUGCUGGCUUCCAUUUUUCUCGUUUGCGAUCCUCAAAUCAUGUCUGGGAGUCAGAAUUCCCGGUUGGCUCGACCUUCUCGCCUUGUGGCUCGGCUACUCGAAUAGCACCCUCAACCCGCUUAUUUAUUGCAAGUAUAACAAGGAGUUUCGAAUACCAUUCCGAGAGAUGCUCGCAUUUCGAUGCUCGACGUUGCAGACAGUCAUGAGACAGCAAAGUUUCACAAGUCGUUAUGGGCCACCUGUACGCUACCGUACCCAAUCGGCCAGCUAUCGCCCGCUUCUCUCGAGACGCAAAGACAGCCAGAACGAAGUAAGCGAUGUGUAA